CGUGAACAGUGCCAGCAGGUGCCAGAAUCCGUUGCCAGGUGCUGACGGCCAACCGCGUUCUGUUUAUUUUUGCUGAGGCAAUAAUCUGGUAAUUAGACGCCUUUAUGCUCUAAUUGCUACCAACACAGCCAACUAAUUACUGAAUACGCACCUUUAACAAUGGCACGAAGACGAUCUGCACAGGCUGCACAAGCCGCCCAAGAGAAUGCAGACGAUGGUCCUGAACAAGAGAGGAGGCCAACAAGAAAUAUCACAGGACCACAAUCGGCUCUUACUGACUUCCUUGCUUCUCAUAACAUCUCAGCACGACAGAUCAGAGAUGAGGCUGAAGCACGUAGAAGACAAGCUGCCUUGGCAGAUGAAGACGAAGAUGAUGAGCCAGAGCUAGUGGUAGCAGAGUCAAGUACUGCUGGUGCUCGCCGGAACAAAGAUUUGGCAAAGAAGCAAAAGAAAGAGGCAGAGCUUAAAGCCAUUGAAAAGAUUAAGGCAAGCAAGGCGUUCAAGAAGCGAAAGAAGGACAAUGACGAAGACUUCGACGACGAUGAGAUUGCGCGCGCCAUCUUUGAAGAGAGAACGGCGCCUCUUCCCGGACAGAUGGAAAACUGCGAAAUAUGUGGAAAACGGUUUACUGUAACGCCAUACUCCGUCGCAGGACCCAGUGGAGGACUGCUCUGUUCUCCCUGUGGGAGAGAGGCUGCGAAACAACGGCAAGGACAGCAGCCUAAAAAGAAACCAAGAAAACAGACAGGAGGUAUUGGAUCUAGAAGAACUGCACAAAGCCGUAUUCUAGAUGGCGAUAUUGGAGGCAAAAGUCUGGCAACACUCUGUGUCCAAACAUUGGCUAAAAAUGUCGACAUGGCUGAGAGCUUGGGCGAUCUCCCUGACCAUCUUGUUGACAAAAUUGCCCGCAUAUUCUCAAAGAGGCGUCUUUUGAAGCCAGAAACCUUGCCACUAUUUGCACAACCAGGAACUGAAACCAUCUCCAUAUACGACGGCGCAAAGCUUGGCGAACAAGAAUUUGUCAGUAUCUUCCAGGUUGCUGCCAACUUGAAGCAUUUCAAAGCCAGGUCUGCCAUCCAGUUCAAAGAUACUGUUAUGGACUACGUUUUGUCGAGGAAUAACACCCUGAACUCUUUCUAUCUUGAUGGAGCUAAUCUGUUGAGCGAGGAAAAGUGGCAUGCUUUCUUACAAGCGAACGGGCGCACUCUGAACAGGCUGCAAGUCUACUAUACGGAUUUGCACUUUGGAGAUGAGACAAUUCUUGAAAUCCAGCGAUGCUGCCCUAAUCUUAAGCGCCUUAAGAUUGAGAGCAAUCAAAAGCUUACUGAUGAGGGUGUGAAAAGCAUUGGCAAGCUGAGGGGACUUGAAGGUAUAGGUCUGAAGCUCCAGAAUCCAGUGGAAUCAGCAUCGCUGGAGUCUUGUAUUUCUGGAAUCGGUAGCUCCUUGAAAACCUUGUCCUUCAAAGAGUUCCCUGAUGCGGACGACGGACUUUUGAAGAUCAUUCACAAUGAAUGCAAAGUGCUUACAAAGCUGCGAAUUACAGAGAGCGAGCACAUGACAGACUCCGGGUUCGCUCAACUAUUCACGAACUGGGAAAAUCCACCUCUUCAGUUUAUCGACCUGCAAAAGUGUAGGCAUGUCGAUGCAGCUCGACCACGUGAGAACCCGAACAAUGUUGGAUUCUGCGGCGAAGCGUUUAAAGCAUUAAUGGCACACUCUGGCCAAAAGCUGCAGACGCUCAAUAUCCACGCAUGCCGGAAUAUUAGUCGUCAAGCUUUUGAGGAAGUGUUCUCUGAAACCGCUCACUUUCCAGAACUGAAGAAUCUUGAAAUCAGCUUCUGUGAAGAAGUGACCGACUUUAUCCUGGGCUGCAUAUUCAGAGCUUGCCCAAGCAUCCGAGAGGUCAAUGUGUUUGGUUGCAUGAAGGUUAAAGACGUGCGAGUGCCUCGCGGGGUUAUCUUAGUUGGCGUACCGAAUGCUCAAGGCAUGAUCACAGAGGGUAUGGACUAGCUGCAGGUUCUCGUUUCACCGUCGUUUUGGCAGGCCAAAGUACGCUAGAUGCUGGGAUGGUGUGUUGGCCGGGAUGUGAAACACAGCUUUAUGAGAAGUAGACAAACUCCUUCAAUGUCACCACGCUCUAUAUCAGCGAAUUCUGUCUUUGUAAUUUUCUUUAUUGUUUUCAAUUUAGCAUAUGUGCUCUGAAUAAAUAUGGUGUAUAUA